AUGGGCAACUGCUCACAGAAGCAGAGCCCGAGCGUCGUGCCGCUGACGUCGAGCCCCGGGUUCUUCUCCAGCCUGUUCGCCAAGACGCACCUCGACGCGCAUGCACUCGCUCAGACUUGUCCUCCGCCGGUAUGAUGCUCUUCGUUGGCCGUCGGAAUACUGUUGCAGGUCGGAGGCGAGAUGCCCCUCGGCGAAUGUGCCGUUCUGCGCGACAGAGCGGCCAUGCGCCUGGACUCUCGGCUCGUCUGCAAGUACGAAGUGCUGGCCGUCGUCGGCAAAGGCAGCUUCUCGCAGGUCCUGCGGGUGCAGCACCGCGUUUCUCGCAAGUUCUUCGCCGUCAAGGUCGUCGCUGCCGACUGCGGCGCCGUCAACAACGAGCUCAGUAUCCUCAGUCGCCUUUCCCAUCCUUAUGUCAUUCGGCUAGAAGAGGUUUGUUGACGGAGUGUUUUCUGCUCAGUAAGCUCACAGUGGAACUUCUGAAUGGGAUAGGCUCAUUAGAUGAAGUUUUUUACGCUGAUUUCGAAUCUGUAUUCAAAAAGUUGCCUUGGAGGCAUGUGAAAAAAGUUAUGGGCUCUCAAAGUUGAAUGAUUCAAUGCCUAGGAUUGAGCUCCUUCUAGGAGGGUACUUGGCGGCUUGAACCAGGGAACGUUUUUUACCCUCCGGUUGAUUUUUCGCUGAAACUUUGCUGAAGUGUACUUCAGGACCUCCUGAUCCCAGAGCAAAAAAAACCUCUUGCAACAGAUCUUGUUUCCGAGUUAUAGAGCUUCAAAGUGUGCAAAAUACGCAAGUUAGGUCAAAAAAUCGCCAUUUCGGGCUUUUGAAGAGUCCUACUCGAAAACGGGAUAUAUUGCGAGAAAAUUUUUUCUGUUCUGGAAUCAGGGGGUUCUAAAGUACACUUCAGCAAAGUUUCAGCAAAAGUUCAACCGGAGGGUUGAAAACGUUCCCUAGUAAGUUCAUAAAACAAAAAAAGUUAUGUCACUUCGAUUUGAAAACUCAGUCUCUUCAAUACUUCAGAAAAAACUUUGAAUAUGUUUUUUUAACUGAUGAGAUUAUCUUUUCUAGCUUUAAGAAAAUAACUUAGUACUUAGCCUCGAUACUUCAAAAAACGCUUAGUGACCUCAGCGUAUACCGCAAUUAAGCAGAUUUUUAGAAUUACAGGUCUUCAAAUCAUCUUCUCGGAUGUUUAUUGUCAUGCAGAUCGCUUCGGGUGGCGAAAUGUACGACCGGGUGGUCGCCAAGGGAAGGUUUGCCAAGAACCUUUUGAAGUAUCCAAGGAAAAGUGCAGAUAUUCGGAAAACGAAGCUCGGGACGCCCUGAAAAUGUUGCUCAACGGCUUGUCCUACCUUCACUCGAUACGAGUCACCCACCGAGGUCAGCGAAGUUUCGUCGAAAAAAUUUUAUUUUUUAUUUUACCAAAGAAUUUUCAUUUUUCUGAGCCGAUUUUUCCCCCCACACAUCUCUCACUAGCUCGUUUUCUGCAGCCUUUUUGUCGGAGACUCAAAAAAAAAAUCCACAAUGAAAAAAACAUUUUCUCUUUGAAGUUCUCUGACACGGCUGGCUUGAGCCAUCGAAAAAUGGGUCCUGACACGAUAAUAGUAGUGAUAGCGUCUGGCCGGUGGAGAGCGCAGACAGGCCCCCUUAGCGACCCAAGCUAGCCGUGAAACGACUUUAGAUGAACAUUUUUUUUACAAAAUUAUCUCGCCGAUUUUUCGUCUUUCAUGCUCAUUAGCUCAUGUUCAGAUCUGAAACCGGAGAACCUGCUUUACAAUGACUCGAGGCCGGAGGCGCGGUUGUUGAUCACUGACUUCGGACUGGCCUAUCAGGCGACCAAGCCCAACGAGACAAUGACCGAGACGUGCGGCACUCCAGAAUACAUAGCCCCUGAGCUUCUUCUCCGAGUUCCCUACACCCAGAAGGUGGGUCAUGGGGCGCGGAAAUCGGAAAGAGUCGGAUGCAGGUGGACAUGUGGGCGGUCGGCGUGAUCGCCUACAUCCUCAUGAGCGGCAUCAUGCCUUUCGACGACGACUGUCGCUCCCGUCUCUACACCCACAUCAUCACCGCCAACUAUGUCUACUAUCCCCAGGUAUCGACAAACAGUCGUCAUCUAAGUUUCUUUGAAUUUUGGAUCCAUAAGAGAUAUCCUUUUCCAAUGCUUUUUACAGUUCUGGUCGGGCUCCGAGCUGGCGAAGCAGUUCGUCGACGCGCUGCUCGAAACAAACGCCAACGAGAGACUCUCGGCGACGGCGGCCCUCAGCCACGAAUGGCUGACUGGCGAGCGGACGACCAGUGCUCCGCGAGCCACUCGUCCAGCCUCCGAGUUCAACAGCAUGCAGAGGGUCCGUCCUUGUUUUUCUAGUCUUGCAAAAAAGGCCAUCCCAGUUUUGCUUGGAUAUAUUUCGAAGUUCGGUAAAAUGCCACGCUCUUUAUGAAGUAAGGAUCUUCUAAGCCUCGUAUUAUUUCAAUCUGAACCUUCUCGAAACUGUAGUCCUUACUCUAGUCUUGCCAAUUUCUCCUUGGCUCACUCUUCUUGCACAGCUGUGAAAUUCCCUAAAUCGUUAAACAUCAACAUUUCAGACCAAGUCGACGCGGUCGAUAAGGUCGGUGACGCGGUCGGACCACGGCCACCGGGUCGAUCCGCGGGAGGUCGAUCAACUCGCCAACGACCUCAAGAGGGUCGCUCAGACUACCAAGAACUACGGCGUCUUUUAA